AUCCUUUCCAGAAGUAUGUGGGCCUGGAUACGUCAGCCUUCAGGUGUUUGCUCCUCAGUCCCCAGCCUGCCCGGCCUGCGACGGGAGCCAGCUGCCAACGCCACCCCACAGAGGUUCCCUCGCUCAUCCCUGCACCCGCCCCGCUCCAGGCCCGGGGCCGGGCUGGCCUGCCGCUCCUGCGUCGUUGGCUUCAGCAGCCUGAGCAGCUGUGAGGUGACUCCAGCGGGCGGCCCCCGGCCUGGGACCUCGGAAUGGGGCGGCUGCGAAGCCCCCAGGCCGGGCUUCAGCUCUCGCAGCCUCACUGGCUGCUGGUCAGCUGGCACCAUCCCCAAGGUGACAGUAAACCCCAGCCUGCUGGUGCCCCUGGACUUCAAGGUGGACCCGGCCAUCCAGCAGCAGAAGAACCAAGAAAAGGAGGAGAUGAAGGUUCUCAAUGAUAAAUUUGCCUCCCUGAUUGGCAAGGUGCAGGCCCUGGAGCAGCGAAACCAGCUGCUGGAGACGCGCUGGAGCUUCCUGCAGAGCCAGGGCUCCACUGCCUUUGACCUUGGGCACCUCUACCAGAAGUACGAGGGCCGGCUGCAGGAGGAGCUGCGCACAGUGAGCCAGGAGCGGGGGCAGCUGGAGGCCAACCUGCUGCAGAUGCUGGAGAAGGUCGAGGAGUCUCGGAUCAGGUACGAAGACGAGAUCUCCAAGCGCACAGACAUGGAGUUCACCUUCGUCCAGCUGAAGAAGGACCUGGACACAGAGUGUCUUCGACGGACCGAACUGGAGACCAAGUUGAAAAGCCUGCAGAGCUUCGUGGAUCUGAUGAAAACCGUCUAUGAGCAGGAGCUGAAGGACCUGACAGCCCAAGUGAAGGACCUGUCAGUGACCGUGGGCAUGGACAGACGCUGCCACAUCGACCUGAGCGGCAUCGUGGAGGAGGUGAAGGCCCAGUACGACGCCAUUGCGGCUCGCAGCCAGGAGGAGGCUGAGGCGUACUCCCGGAGGCAGCUGGAGGAGCGGGCCGCCUGCUCAGCCGAGUUUGGGAACAGCCUCCAGAGCAGCCGCAGCGAGAUUGCUGACCUCAAUGUGCGCAUCCAGAAGCUCCGAUCCCAGAUCCUCUCCGUCAAGAGCCACUGCCUGAAACUGGAGGAGAACAUCAAGGAGGCCGAGGAGCAGGGUGAGCUGGCCUUCCAGGAUGCCAAGGCCAAGCUGGCCCAGCUGGAGGAGGCCCUGCAGCAGGCCAAGAAGGACAUGGCGCGGCAGCUACGAGAGUACCAGGAGCUCAUGAACACGAAGCUGGCCCUGGACAUUGAGAUCGCCACCUACCGCAAGCUGGUGGAGGGCGAGGAGAGCAGGAUGGACUUGGCUCCGGCCGCUGUGGUCAGCACUGUGCAAUCCAGACCCAGGACUGCUGCCUCCAAGUCCCACCUGGCCAGAGCCCCCUUCCGGAAGAAGAAGAACAGCAGAGGCCCCGUGAUCAAAAUCACCGAGAUGUCAGAGAAGUUCCUCCUGCAGGAGUCAGAGGCCUCCGAGUGAGGCAGCUGGACACCAGGAGCCCCAAGUCACCCUGCAGCAGGAGAGACUGGAGCCAGACUCAAGAAAGCUCUUCAGAGCCUCUAGGUUGCAAGGGGAGGCAAACCUGAUUCUGAACUGAGAAGAGCUCAAACAAUGAGUGUUGGGACUGUCCACCAGCUUUUCAAAGUCACUCCACUCGGCAUCAGCAUCUCACAACCCACUCUUCCAACCUCUGGCCAGCGGCUUCCUGACGGGGUAAACGGGAAGUGGGAUCAGUUUUAUCUCCACCUCCUCACUCCUCUGAGACUCCUCCCCAACAGAGGGCUCUGAGCAGGUCCUUUGACCCUUUUGCCCAACCCUUGCCCUAAACUCACAUCUCAAGCCUCGCCUCGCCUCGCCUCGCCUCGCCUCAAACUCUGUGCAAGGCCGGUGCCCUCAUUCACCCAGACCCAGCCAUGGACCAGGGACAGUGAGGAUUGCUUAUCCCCCUCCCAGUAUCCAGAGUUUGGGGGGGGCUGGGUGCCCUGGCUUUCCUGCACCACCUGGGCUCCCCAGAGAUCUGACAGUAUUAGGGAGUGAGGGAAGGAGGCUCCCUGGGCGUUUGGGACCUGAGCCUGGACCUCUGAGAUCAGCCCAGACACCUGUGCCCUCCCUCCUCCUGCGGGAUCCUCCCAGCAGGUCACACAGAAAAGGACAGGCUGCCCAAGCAGCUCCCGGCACCUUCUCCAGAAGCUAUUCUUGCCAUGAUGAACUCCCUGGUGGGGGAGGCUGGACGGCAGCCUGGGCCCAGGCGGCAGAAUCUGAUCCUCCCUUCCCCUCCCAGCAUCCUGGGGUUCGCCACCCUGCCUGGGACCUCAGCUCUCCACCCCUCCCCUGCCUCCCCAUCCCGCAUAGGUGUUUCCCAGCCUGAAACCUGGCUUUGGUGUACCAGCUCCUAGCCCCACCCCUGCCAUGAAACCCUAGGUCCAUUUCCCAUGGAUCCCUUCUCAGCGUCUCUGUUCUCCCCAUCAAGCCAAACAGCCUGGCCCUGCCCUCCUCUGCACUCAUUGAGGAGCCCAGGGGCACCCCAUCCCUGUGGGGUCAGAGCUCCUCCUUUUCUUCCCCCUCUGCCCUCCGCCCUCCAUGUCCAUUCCCCUGGCUCCGGCGGGGCCAUGAUGAAGGCACAGUCCAGGAAGGUCUGGGACCCUCUGAGCUCCUGUGGUCAGUCAGUCGGGCUGGGGAGCCCCAGUGACAACCAAAGAGAAAUUCUGCGUCCAACAAGAUGUGGGGCCCCUCUUCCUUCCUCUUGGCUUUUAUCUUUGUAGAUUGCAGGGGAUCUUGGCAGCUUUAGCCUCCCCUCCUCUCUCUCUCCCUCCCUUCUCCCUACCUGCCCUUGCCUCCCCUCCUCUUCUAGCCCCGCUCUUUGAUUCAUUCAUCUCCUUUUCCAGGAGGCCUUGGCUCCUCUGAGGGCUCAGGUCUUCCAGGCCUGUCGGGGGCGCUGAAGGGCUACUGACUCAGGCUGGAGGGAACUCGGACACACCCAUCCUGAGAUCCCAAUGGGUGCUGAUUGCUGCUUUUUCUCCGCCUAUUUAUUGGUUUCCAAGGGAGCAAAUCCUCAGUAGGGAUACAAGAUACAUAAAAUAUAUAUAUAUUAUUUUUUCAUAACUUAUGUGGCUGUUAACUUAUUGCUUCCCUUCCUUUUCUGCAUAAUCAGUGCUAUAUACCAUUUGAAUAGAUAACAUAUCCUAGCCACCCCACCCGACUGGCUGGCCACCUGGGGGCAACGUCCCCUUCUCCCUGCCAAGGGAUGAAUAAAGUACUGAGAUUUGUUCACGGCUAAA